CUAUUGGUAUAAAAAGGAUAGAAAGCUGACACAGACACACACAGAUACAUUAUAAUCCGCAAACUAUUCCAGGGAAAAUGGUUUUCAAAAUUGCACUUCUCUGUUUCUACAUAUUCCACGUAGGCUCUGGUUAUGCUGUUCCAGAAGCGGAAUCAGGAAAUGAUUUAGCUGCUCCAGAACUACCGUUGUAUUAUUUCGACAGCAGUGCCUACUACUUCCAGAAAUUCUUUAGGGCGACACAGCAACAAGGUGAAUUAUUUUGCAAAAAUCUGAAUAUGGAAUUGGUUGAUGUUCAAAGCAAGAGAGAAAAUGAUUAUUUGUUUGACACCAUUGCUUCUCUGGUUGACUACGUGAACACCGACUUUUGGACGUCCGGUGUACAGUCGGGCGACAUUUGGUACUGGACAUCAACCGGCCAACCUUUCUCGUACACCAAUUGGGGCUCUUCCAAAGGUAGCGGUAACUGCCUGAACAUAAGCUAUGACAGUUCCGUCAACUCUAUGUCCUGGGACAAGAGCGACUGCACCGAAACAAAAUAUGUUAUUUGCGAAGGCGAAGGACAUCCUGUAACUACCACGACCACGACUACGACCACGACCACUCUGGAGCCUCCUACUUCUCCAGAUGCCUUCUGAAGAUGACAAUAUCUAAUCUGUGAUUCUCAUUGUGAAAAUAAUAAAUGAUUUAUUCAAAAUAUCGCUUUUCAGUAUGUGAAUUUUUUUUGUAACAUGACUAUAUAUGCAUCAUACCAGGUGAUUCUCUAAUAAGUUGGUUCACUCUGUUACGAGUGUGAUUUAGAAAAGCUGAUUUCCAAAGAU